AUGACGUCUACUUCACAACCAACAUUCGCUAUGGUUUGCAUGAACAAUGUCAAUCGUAGUACCGCAGCUCACGAAAGCCUUAGUGCAGCAGGUUUACGCGUUUGUUCCUAUGGCGCUGGCAAGAUGGUGGCAUUUCCAGGCAAAAGUCGUACUGACGCACGCACGUUUGAUUUUCUUACGGCGUACUCGGACAUGCACGAUACAUUAAAAAACGAAAAUGCUGCAUUGUAUUCAAACAACGGUGUCUUGCAGAUUUUAAAGCGAAAUAUGGCGCUUAAGACCGCACCCGAGCGUUGGCAAAGUCUUAAUCAUCAGCAGCUUUUGAAUAUCAACAUUGUCAUAUGUCUGGAUCAUGCCAUGUUUCUUACAGUUCUUGAAGAUAUUAAAUGGCGAAUUCAACAAGGUUUGAAAUUCAAACAACUUCAUAUCAUAUGCCUCGACAUUGUAGACACACCUGAAGAAGCUUCUUUGGGAGGAAUUUGCGUGCUUGAGCUUUGUCGACUACUGAAUGUACAAACUACUAAGUUGACAGAAGAGUUUGUCAAGAAAACAGUAGAACAGUUUGAAAAGGACAACAACCAGAAACUUUUAUAUCUAGGACUGCACACAGAACCUUAA